UCCGGUAUGGCGCUGAUGGAAUGAUCUGAAACUAGUUGAGUGAAACAUGACGUGUAGCACACAGGAGCGGGGAUUCGGCCUGGAAUAAACUCUGUAGGAAACGUGUCAGGAGUUAUAACGACUGCUGGCAGCUCUGUGUUACACCGAGAAAAGAAAAGAAGGGAAGAGAAGGAGCUCUCUCUCUCUCUCACACACACACGGUCCCCCUGAAACACGAUGCGUAACACACAGCGAGGAGUUCAUUUUGGCCUGCUCUUGCUGGUGUCUCAGGUGUUCCAGCUCGGCACGGACAACAUCCCUCCUGCUACACUAGCGACGAUCGGCCUCAAUGUUUACCUCUUCCUGUUUCCUGCCAAGCCCCUCCUCCAGACAUGUGUGAGCGUACAGCAGGUGUACUGGGCGGAAGACUGGCAUCGUCUCUUGUUCUCUCCUUUUCAUCACGUCGAUGAUUGGCACCUCUACUUCAACAUGGUCUCCUUCCUGUGGAAGGGCAUCAGUCUGGAGCGCAGGCUCGGCACCGCCUGGUUCGUCUACCUCCUCUCCGUCUUCUCUCUGCUUACCGGAUUGGUCUAUCUGCUCCUGGAGGAGGGGCUAACAAGGCUCCUGGACGAUUUCUCCUUUAGCAAGCAGUGCGCUGUCGGAUUUUCAGGAGUUCUCUUCGGGCUGAAAGUUGUGAACAAUUAUUAUAACCCGGGCGGAGUCAAAUACAUCCUGGGGUUUCCUGUAGCCAAUCGCUACGCCUGCUGGGUGGAGCUAGUCCUUAUUCACAUCCUGAACCCAGGGACCUCGUUUGUUGGACACCUGUCUGGUAUUUUGGUGGGGCUUCUCUACACUACCGGUCCCCUCGGAGCACUUAUGAAAACAUGUGCAGCGUUCGUCACUGGUCAUGGAAACUAUGGCAGGCCUCGCACGUACUAUAACUAUUCAGAUUUGGAUAUUGAUACGCCUACCUCCUGGGGAGUGUUGUUCACUUGGUUGGCUGUUGUGAAGGGGUUUCUCUUCACCAUGGAAAUUAUUCUGCGAUCAUCCACCACUGUUGUCUUCUGUUACAGUGGAUACCGAACGCCCUACACUUCAAACCGAUCUCCCGACAACGGGCAGGAUCCCUAUAACAGAACCGAGCCAUCAGCACCUCCUCAGCACCCGUACACGGCUGGUCUGUCGGAGCGGGAGCAGUUCGAGGCAGCCAUGAUGGCCAGCCUGCAAGAACAACGACGGCGUGCUCCCAGCAGACCGUCGUAUGGGUUCAAUGCCAACUCUGAUCCCAGCAUGGAGGAAAUACGCCGGCGCCGACUGCAGAGGUUUGACAGAUAAAAUGAAUAACUCGGAACCUUUUAAAGCUUUGAACCUUGAAAGAUAAAUGUUUACAACGGCCUCUCAGGAUGGCGAAGGUGUUACUGAGAAUUCUGUUUACCGUAUCAGAGUAUGUAACAAACUAUUUCUCAUCUCAUUAUCUCUAGCCGCUUUAUCCUGUUCUACAGGGUUGCAGGCAAGCUGGAGCCUAUCCCAGCUGACUACGGGCGAAAGGCGGGGUACACCCUGGACAAGUCGCCAGGUCAUCACAGGGCUGACACAUA